AUGGCGUUAGGGAGUUUCUUGUCUUUUCCUAGAUUUUGGACAUUCUUUCAGGGAGGGAGACAGAUUGAUCCUACUGCACAUACAAUAAAGUCUCAUGGAGCCACACUUGCUAGAAAUCAUAUUCAUGAUUGGCUUAUAUUGGUGCUUCUUAUAUUAAUUGAGGUUAUUCUCAAUGUAAUUCAUCCGUUUCGCCGCUUCGUUGGAAGGGAUAUGAUGGAAGAUCUUAUGUAUCCAAUGAAAGAAAACACUGUCCCUGUAUGGGCUGUUCCUCUUUAUGCGGUUCUGUUGCCAAUAUCUGUGUUCCUGUUCGUCUAUAUGCGUAGGAGAGAUGUUUAUGAUUUGCACCACAGUGUUCUUGGCCUUCUGUUUGCUGUUCUGAUAACUGGUGUGUUGACUGAUUCAAUUAAAGAUGCUGUUGGCCGGCCUCGGCCGGACUUCUUUUGGCGUUGCUUUCCUGAUGGAAUACAGGUGUAUGAUAACUUGGGAGGUGUGAUUUGCCAUGGCAAGGCUAGUGAUAUAAAAGAAGGACAUAAGAGUUUCCCUAGCGGCCAUACAUCAUGGUCCUUUGCAGGUCUUGGUUUUCUCUCCUUGUAUCUAUCCGGGAAGGUUAAAGUCUUUGAUCGUAAAGGGCACGUGGCAAAGUUAUGCAUUGUGUUUUUUCCUCUACUUGCUGCCUGUCUGGUUGGAAUCUCUAGAGUGGACGACUAUUGGCACCACUGGCAAGAUGUAUUUGCUGGAGGCCUUCUAGGCCUUUUUAUCGCAACAUUUUGCUAUUCGCAGUUCUUUCCGCCCCCCUAUAAUGAUGAUGGAUGGGGUCCAUAUGCAUAUUUUGUUGCUAUGGAGGAAUCAAGAGGCAAUGCAAAUUUGAAUCGAGAAUCGCCCGCUAUACAAGCCAUGGAUGACAGGACAGUCGCAACUCGAGUACCAAGGAUAAAUGGUGAUGCAGUCACGCCUUUCAGUUAUCUCAGCCCAACCUUGGAAGCCAUGGAAAUGGGAGGGACACAAUUGAAAUCAUGA